AUGAAAUUAGGUACUGUAAGGAGCUUGUUUGAGUUUAGAGAUACUUCAACAGAAGGGAUUUUGGAUAAUCUCAUUGCUUCUGUAGGUUAACUGUAAGGAUUAGGACUGCCUGACAUCUGCAUAAUUUGUAAGAGACAAACUUUGGGAAUGUUCAAAUCAGGAUUUGAGCAGUGGUCUAGUUUCCAUUGCGUACUUGGGAUUUGUCCAACUUCUUAGGCUGAGGUUUCGGCUUAUAUUCAAUCAUUGAUGAUGAAUUAAGAAAAAGACACUUUUUCGAAAAUAUUUGGAAGUGAUAUUAUAAUAUUCAAGAUCGCAUACAUAACUUACGAUAUCUUUUCAAAGAUUCUCUUGGUUUGUUAAUUCGAAUAGCCUAGUGAAGGUUUAACUUAGUUUAAAAAUUAUGGAAUACAACAAAAUAAAUAAUGUAUUUAAUUAACCAAAAGUCAUUGGGAAGGAGCACAUAUAAGUGGCAUUUUAAGGAUUUUGGAUAACAAUUUCAAGAUGCCAAAUAUUGGUAGAUUCUAUAAUUAGACUAGUAUAAACAAUCCAAAAUUUCUAUAAAAUCUCAUAGCAAAAUUGCUAUAAAAAAUAUCAUGUCUAGAUAAUUCAUUUCAGGAUCUCAACAAAAUAAAAUCGAAAUCUGACUUUCCUCCUAUGAAUGAUAUAAUCUAUUAUCUCAAUUGGCCAAUAAGUCUCAUUUUCAAUUAUUUAUACAACACAAGCUAAUUGGAUUUAUUGCUAGAAUAAUUAAAUAACUUAGAUGAUAACAUUAUCUUGAAAUUACUCAAGUCCUUGACCUACUACAAAAUGAAAAACUACAAUAAGAGUUUAAAUGAAUUAUUAAAAUUGCAGGAUUCCAACAAUUGGUUCAAUCUUCCCAAAUUCAUAAUGGCAAAUAUCUUUAUUAAGCAAUCCAGUUUUGAGAAGGCCUUUAUUAUACUAAAAGAUCUAAUCGUAGAAUGCUAUGAUAAUUAGACUAUUUGGAUAACUUUGUCCAAAAUAUUUAGGAAACAGAAGAUAUUUCAAAUCAGUCUGUUAUUCUUAAAUAGAGCUGUUGCCUUGCCAUCUAAACAGACUGUGAAAUAAAUAUGGAAUGAAAUUAAUUUGGUCAAUUAUAGAUUAUUGACUCAAAACAAGUCCAUAUAAUAGAUUUCACAACUAGAUUAGAUAUAUAAGAUUUUGCAUCCUUUGUCAGCUGAUAAAAUUGAAUGUUAUGUUCAGUUAUGUGGAUAUCCUUGUAUCGAUAACUUACUAGUUCGACCCAGAUUGAAUAAUAAGAAGGAUCAGAGACAUACUAUUGACAUGAUAUCGAAACACUCCUCAAAAUCAGAAUUCAAAGUUAAUCAACAGACUUAUGAAACUCUAAUGCAUAAUGACCUCUUAGAAAUUGAAAGUGAAUUAUCCAACAUUCUCCAAGAAGUCAUUAAAAUCUAAAAAGUUGUAGGAUACUAAAAAUUAAAAUCUUAUUUAACUUAGUAUUUUUAUACUACAGCAAAAGUAGUCUAAAAACAAAUUGAUUAAAUCUAUGAUCCAGGUGAAUUCUAAAUUGCCAUCAAACAUCAAAGAAAUUUGAAUUUAAAUGUUAGUUAAAUAAGCAAUACCAAUAAAAGCUUAUGUAAUCCUAGAUUGCAAGAUGACAUAGAAGACUGUGAUUCUGAUGAAGAAUAACCUGAGUUUCUUAAAAAAUAAAAAAUCAAUAAAUCAUUUGACUUUACAAAUAUGGGUCCUAAAAUGUACUAGACUCCCCAACAUAAUAGUAAGAUCCCUAAAUCUCCAUUGAAAUUCACUAGUAUCAAAAAGAAAUAGUAACAAAUAAAAAAAGCAAAUACUAUAAUUAUAGAAAAUGCAUUUGAAAGUGUUGAGUCAGAAAGGCAAAACAAAUAAUUCAUUACCAUUGUAAAUAGAGUCAAUAUUUAAUAAAAUGAAAUGAUAUCAUAAGCACCUAAAUCAGGUUAAGAUGCACAAUUAUAGAGAUCCUUCAUUUAUGGUUUGAUUUCUUACUUGAAUCAAAAUUUAAGCCAAUAAGAAUCAGUGUAGCUGAAUGAACAAUUAAAAAGAAGAAAAGAGCAGAUCCAUAAUCUCCUAUCAGGAAUGGUAGAAACAAUUAAUAAAAUACAAACGGAACUAGAUUCAUUAUUCUACCCUUCACAAGAAUAAAACAGAUAACUGAAUAAUUAAUAAAGCUCUCAGAUAAAUUCGACGAAUGUCUAACAACAAACAAACACAUCCUCACCGUUGUUUAAGUCUAAUCUAAAGAAGGCUUUGUAGACAAAGUAGCAUUUGGGAGGAUAAGUAGAAUUGAAGGAAUUUUAUAUUGUACAACCUUUAAAUGAAGACGAACCAGACAAAGAGAAGAUUUAUCUCUCUUUUAUUAAAGCGGAAUCAAUGUUUUUGUAUAAAUGUGCUCGUCUAGCAUAGAAAUUAAAGAGAAAUGAUUUAAGCUACUCAAUCCUAUAAAGACUGAGUAGUAGGAUUAUAUCAGUGUAAAUUACAGCACUCUACUUUAACAUUAUUAAGGACAACAAUAAAUUGUUGAUUAGACAAAUUCAAAAAAUGUUGGCUGACUUUUAGGAUUGUGGAAUCAGCCAAGUAGGAUUUGUGCCCUUAUGGUUAGAGAUGAAAAUUGUCAAGAUGACAAAGCAAUAUGGGGCCAAUCAAAUUCUUGCUUUACUCUCUUCAUCAGAGACUAACUUUACAUUUUAUCUAAUUAAAAAGAUCAUUCUAACAACUGACAAUUUAAUUUGA